AUGAGUGACGAUAACACCGGCAUUCAUGCCGAACCUGAGAAGUAUGCUUCGCAGAUAGUGUCAACCACCAAAGACAACAAUGUGAUUGAUGUAGAAGAGUUUGGCGAGAAGAACUCCCCAAACUCUUCCUCCAUCAAUUCUCGUAGUCAAGAACAGCCCGAACCUGUUACAACUCGCAUGGAGUUGUGGGCGUGGUAUUUCUAUUACUUUGGCAACAAUUCUGCAGGAACGUUGUCAUACGCUCCGCUGAUCUUCCAGUACAUCUUGAGUUUAGCUAGUGUCGACUCUGAAGAUCACAGCCUUCCAUGUGGCGAUGGUGCAUGUGUAGUGCAGUUUGGCAGCCGAUGGACCAACAUCGACACCGUGGUGCUGAUUUCUAACGGAAUCGUGUUUGCCUUCCAGGCAUUUUUCCUGAUCUGCUUUGGGUCGAUGGCCGAUUACGGUCCGGUCAAGAGAUGGGUUCUCAUUUUCUGGACUGUCGUCUGCUGGGCUACACAGUUUGCAUUCUUGGGUCUGCAAGACGCUUCGCAGUACAGAGCUGCUAUUGGCGUUUAUAUCAUCACGUACCUAUCGUACAACCUUUGCCAGGCAUUCUGGACACCUGGUCUUCCUCUCCUUGCACGCAACACUCCCGAAUCUGUUCAAGCCAAGCAAGAAUAUGCUAGUGGAGAUAUCACCGAGGAUGAGUACCAGGGUCGCGUCAUGUUACAGCGUAACAAAUUGAGCAACUAUGCAUUCGGCGCCAUGUCCAUAGGCUACACUCUCACUCUUAUUAUCGCUCUAGGUGCGGCCUUUGGAUUGCAUGCAAAUGAUUCAACCCAGAAUAAUAUACGCGCCGCCGUUGUCAUUGUUGGGAUCGCUACCGGAGUCUGGAUAGUGUUCGGAACACCAUGGUUCUUCAUUGAGAAGAACCGAUCAAACAAACUCGAGGUGCCACUGCCAGCCGGCUCUGGCAAACAAUCCACCUUCGCAGAGGCCAGACAAUACGUUGUGACUGGACUCAAGGUCUACUGGAAUGUACUGAAGCAUAUUCCUCAUCUGACACAAACCUGGUUGUACCUAGUUGGAUUCUUUUUGAUCUCCGAUGGCUUUGCUACUACCAACCAGAUUUACGGUAUCGCUCAGAAUACCAUUGUGAGCUAUAGCACAACCACAUCUACCGAGCUCUAUAUUGUGCAGGGAUUUUCCAACCUGGUUGGAAUUGCCAUCUUCUGGCUCAUUCAGCGACACUUCCGCAUUCGUACUAAGACUAUCUUGAUUGUGAAUUGCAUUUUUGUCAUUUUGAAUGCUGUCUGGGGCUGCAUCGGUAUCGGAACAACCAAAUUCGGUCUCCACAAUACAUGGGAAGUAUGGGCCUACUCCGUCUUCAACUGCGCCUUCGCCGCUCCCUUUACAGCCUUUACAGCAACCAUGCUCAGCGAUCUCUGCCCCAAAGGCCGCGAAGUCACUUUCUUCUCCCUAUAUUCGCUUGUCAGUAAAUCGACAGCUUGGAUUGGACCUAUCAUCUCCGGUAUCAUUAUUGACCGGACUGGAAGUACAUGGAAAGGCUUCCCCUUUGCGUUGGGAAUGUCGGUUGUAGGAUUUGUUUUGAUUUGCUUGGUUGAUGUGAAGAAGGGUCAGGAGGAGUGUGAGAGAUAUGUCAAACUUGAUACGACUUUGAUGAAUGAUGAGUAG